AGGUGAUUGCUUCACUGGCCGAGGGACAGCAUAUAUUGGUAGGCCCAUCUCGAUCUCCUCAGCAAGUGACACAGGCCACUCAGAUUCACCUUGGGGGCCCAGCAGGAGCUGACAGCCCAAGCUCUACAGCAGGAUGAAGCCUUCCGUUGCCGUCAUUCUUUGCUUCUUGAUCCUCGGAGUUGACAGCCAGACAUGGUUCGAGUUCAUGAAAGAAGCUGGUCAAGGGGCUAGAGACAUGUGGCGAGCCUACUCCGACAUGAGGGAAGCCAACUGGAAAAACUCAGACAAAUACUUCCGUGCUCGGGGGAACUAUGAUGCUGCCCAAAGGGGACCAGGUGGAGCCUGGGCUGCUAAAGUCAUCAGUGAGGCAAGAGACGGUUUUCAGAAGUUCACUGGCCGUGCGGUAGAUGACUUUGGAUAUGGCAAGUUUGCCAGCGAGUGGGGCCGGAGUGGCCGAGACCCCAACUUCUUCCGACCUCCUAGGUUACCCCCUAAAUACUGAGUUGUCUCUUUUGUUCCCAGCCAUGCAG